AGGUGUUUGCAUUUCUCCGCAGGACCAGCUCGCUUUGCAGAGCAUUGUCUGGCAAUGGCAAAUUCCUUCACGGCCAGGACCUGGCCCAUCCCCUGAGCAGAGGCAGCCUGGACAUGACCAGCAGGAGAGGGAGGAGGAAUUUGGAUUCCCUUCGGAGGCGCCGACCCCUCCUCCGCCUGGUGCGAGCUAGGCGGGGGGAGCCCGGCUGCGGCCGCUCACUUCCACCGCGGGCAGGGGCUGGACGGUUCCGCCGGGGAACUGGCCCGUGUCCCCCCGCCGCCGGCUCCCGCCCCGCCCGGCACGGCGGGGAUGCAGCAUCGCCAGCGCCGGGACGGAUCCCUGCUGCAAUGAGAUCUCAGCCUUGACCUGAAGACCUUGGUGAAAAAUUCUGCAGAGAGGCUGCUUCAGCUGGAAUAAUAGUGUUAACAACCAAAACUUGACUGAAGUUCAAAAUUAAGAGAGAAGAUGGCCAUCAACUGGAAGAUCUGCUUCUUCUUUCUCGCACUGCUUCCCAUGGUUACAGCAACCCAUUCCAACUGCAUCAUUAAAAAGGAGCAGGAGACUUGUCUGGAGAAGAUACGGAGGGCAGCUGCCCUGAACCCUCUCAAUGACUCUUCUCCAGGUUGCCCAGGAAUGUGGGACAAUAUUACAUGCUGGAAACCUGCAAGUGUGGGUGAAAUAGUCUUUGUCAAGUGUCCUGCGCUGUUCAGAUUUAUCAUCUCUGAAGAUGGUUGGGAAGUAGAUAAUCUGGGUCAAACCCAUGCAGGUGAUUAUGACCUGCUGGAAAGCACAGCCCAGUCUCCCCUAGGGGACAUCAGCAGAAAUUGCACUGAAGAUGGCUGGUCUGAACCUUUUCCGCAUUAUUAUGAUGCCUGCGGCUUUGACGAAAAUGAAACAGAGUCCGAUAACCAGGAUUACUACUAUCUAUCUGUGAAGGCUCUGUAUACGGUGGGAUACAGCACUUCUCUUGUUUCCCUCACCACCGCCAUGGUUAUCCUGUGUCGUUUCAGGAAGCUUCACUGCACUCGAAAUUUUAUCCACAUGAACCUCUUUGUUUCAUUCAUCCUUCGUGCAAUAUCUGUAUUCAUUAAAGAUGGUGUUCUUUAUGCUGAACAGGAUGGCAACCACUGUUUCAUCUCAACAGUUGAAUGCAAAGCAGUGAUGGUGUUCUUUCACUACUGUGUCAUGUCCAACUACUUCUGGCUUUUCAUUGAGGGAUUGUACCUUUUUACUUUAUUGGUAGAAACCUUUUUUCCAGAGAGGAGAUAUUUCUACUGGUACACUAUUAUUGGCUGGGGUACCCCAACAAUUUGUGUCACUGUCUGGGCAGUGCUGAGACUUCACUUUGAUGAUACUGGCUGCUGGGACAUGAAUGACAACACUGCCUUGUGGUGGGUGAUCAAGGGUCCUGUGGUUGGAUCAAUUAUGAUAAACUUUGUUCUUUUUAUUGGCAUAAUUGUGAUACUUGUGCAGAAACUCCAGUCACCUGAUAUUGGGGGCAAUGAAUCCAGCAUUUACUUCACCCUCCCUCUUCCUCCCAGAUGCAGCUGCAGUCCAUGCACAGGACACAUGCGCAGCUGCGUUCAGAAAUGCUACUGUAAGCCUAAGAGGGCUAACCAGCACUCUUGCAAGAUGUCAGAACUAUCAACCAUUACCCUGAGACUGGCUCGCUCUACACUACUGCUUAUCCCCUUGUUUGGAAUUCACUACACGGUGUUUGCUUUUUCUCCUGAAAAUGUCAGUAAGCGGGAGAGACUAGUGUUUGAAUUGGGACUGGGAUCUUUCCAGGGUUUUGUUGUUGCUGUUCUCUAUUGUUUCUUGAAUGGGGAGUUUCUCCCUAAAGGUGCAAUCAGAAAUAAAGAGAAAAUGGAGGAGCUGGAAAGUCAACCGGUAUUUUGCUGUGGAUUUCAAACAUCGUCAUCCUUCUCUAGCGAGCAGCGGAGUGAACGGGGGGACACAACUCUCCAUUCUGAGCAAGAGCAGCUCUCAGAUUCGGAUGUCCAGCAUAAAUGCGGAGAACCUAGCGACAUGAGCAGCUAAAGAAAACACAUCAAUCAACAAGCAAACCAAAAACCAUCCCUUAAAAAAAAAAAAAAAAUCAUAGUUUUGGUGGUGGUGUAGGCCUUUUUCCUUUCCUUUCCCUUUUCCCUAUUCCCUUUUCCCUUUUCCUUUUUCCCUUUUCCCUUUCCCUUCUUUUACUUUCCUUUGUGAUAAAAGCAAAGGAAAUGUGUGUAUAUAUAUCUUUUUAAUAAUCACUGUAAAUACCCAAGUGUACUCAAGGCCAUUAACACAAAAAUGUUUAAAAGAUAGCCAAGCCUACCCACUCCAUGAUUUACAUUUCAGAGCAUCUGCAAGUAAUCCGUUGUCUGUCAAAAGUAACAGUGAUUGCGUGCAGUUGUGAUCCUUGGUUGCCAAACUGAUACUAAUCUGUGAAUGGACAUGACCACUGUUAUUUUUCAUAUUGCUUUCCGUUUUGGUUUGGAUUGACUUUUUUUUUUUUUUUGGCCUAGUCAAACAUAUCUUAGCGUGUCCCUAUCUUUUGGCACGUGAAUUUCUGCAGUGUUUCUCUUUUGAGUCUUAGGAUGGAGCUAAUAUGCUUGGGUUAAUCUAACCAGCUGAUUCAGGAAGAACUCCAGAAAAUUAAGCUCAUGGCUGGAUUUAGUCAAAUGUUUCCAGUGGACUUAAAAGAAAGUUGUGUGCCAAUGUGGAGCUGCAUAGCUACCAUCAAUCAGUGUGGGGACUUCAGGCAAGAGAGAUGGGAUCAGCUUCUUCCUUACCCAGGGACACUUGUAAGAAAAUGCUUUUUGCUCUAGCUAAGCUGUGAAUUUUCUAAAAGGGCCAUGUAGUUGAGAUAUAUCUAUAUUUUUGGCAUUGACUGAUUGAUGAUAGAUUGAUUAUUUGGAUUCUUUAAAUAAUAAAAAUAACUGGCCCCUCCCUCCCACCUUAGGAGCAAAAAUCAGUUCCAGGGUGGCCUUUCCCUCCAGAUAACCUUGAACCUUCUGCAUCUGUGUCCAAAUGUGGUAUGGUUUCGGGUAGUGCUGUCAGAGUGUGAUGCCUUUGCAACCUGGUUGACUUCUGUGUGUUGACUUUUCCUUGCCAUUACAAGAGGCACAAGAAGGAUCUGGCAUGAUCAUCCUGGAAUUUGGUGAGCAACUAAAUUGAACAAUACAAUGGCAUAGAAGGAAAAGUUAAAAGACUUUGUAUGACUUCCCACACCUGGCAGUUUUCUCUCUUUCGGGAUAUCCUGUUUGUUUAACCACCAGUGGUCUUACUGCUUUUCUUUGAGAGGAAUUAAAAUGUUCUCUCAAACUUUGCCUUGUAGCUAAAGCCACGACUGGUACUUAUCUACUUCAGUUAAAUGUCAAUGAUGUCAAUUCUUGAAAGUCUUUAUACAGUGCAUAAAGGCUUUGAGGACUGUCCUAGCACUGACUUCAUUUUGGAUUUAUGAACUGAUAUUAUAUAUAAAAAUAUAUAUAUGUGCGUGUAUGUGUAUGCAUAUAUAUAUAUAAAAAGUCAAAAAUGAAAAUGACACUUUAAAUGUGAAGUUUUGAACUGAAACUAAUAGUAACCAGGAAAUUUAAAAUUCAGGCUUGUUCUUUGGUGUUAGUUGAUGGGAUUAUGACCUAAACAAAUAAAUGAAAGACUCAGAAUUUUAGUCAGCUCACUGUAAGCUUUUAAUUUUACUGACUUUUGUUUAGGUAAAAAAAAUGUUAAUGUCAUUUUAAUCAUAGGUUUUAAAAAAAAAAAUACUAAUUCCUUGGUUUUAAAAGGAGAAAAAAAAGGUCUCAGUUGUGAAAUAAAUAUUAAUAAGAAUAAUAAUUAACACAUAUAGUGUUUUAUGGGCAUAAACUGCUCUCAAUUGUAGCAGUGUAAAUGAAUGUAAAAAUAAUUUGAAACAGGCAGAAAUAUUGACUGAUGUCAUAUUGGUACAGGAUUAUGCUCUUAUGAGAUACACCCAUGUCAGGUGAAAUCUACCCUUGCUGGGAGGACCAGCAAAACAAUUUAAAUAAUUUACAUUUCACUCCAGUAUCUUCAGUGAGAGUUCUAUGAUCCAGAUAUAUAUCUUUAUUUUUUCAAGUCUUUGCACUGAUUUGCUGCUCCAAGAGCAGAAUUUGUCCCCUUCUGCCAGACUCCCUGCAAAAGUCACUAAAGUAUUUUUAACUGAUAGAUUGGAGCUUCCUGUCUCAUUAGCUGCUGCUAAAAGCUGUUUUAGAAAGUUUCCCAAGGAAUCAUGCACUUUGCAGUCUGAAAAGACAUGGAAGAUGGGGAAAGAGUUCUAUCAGGUAAAUGCAUAGGUAGACAAUUUUUAAAUGACUGUUUAAUGUUAGAUGAACUGAUGACAUUAGGUUUGUAUUUUUUGUAGUAUGGGUUUUCACAAAGUAUUAUAUUAACAAUAAUUUAAGUGUAUUAUUUAAGAGAAUAAAAAAUAGAUUUUGCAUAAAUGGCUAGUAGCCAAUUUUCAGGCAUUAAUAAUUGAGAACUUUUGAGAAAAAGGUGUUGAAUUCCUGUCUCUAGCUGGAGACUUUUUCCAUGUUUCAGUCCAGAGCAAGAAGGCGUUUGGAUUUUUAAUUUUGUUUCUGUUGUUGUUGAGUUUUUUUCUGAACUUAUUUCUUUAUUCUGUUGUUUUCCUGGCUGUCCUGCAGUGCUCUGCAACAUGAGUUGGUGGAUCUCAGUCCUGUGCCUUGUGGGCAAAUGUUCACAAUACCAAAACCACCCUCCAGUCACGCACACCAGAGACCAGGUGCUCAGCUAAAUUAAAAUCACGGGGAAACUGUUGUUACUGUUAGAACAAAGCCACUUCACUUUGGCUUGGGAUUUGACCUCAACACAUUAUUAUAAUUUUUGGCAGCCUGAGCAGGAGAGUCCAAAGGCUGAAUAUUCAUGAAAACCUGGACUUGCUCCUUAGAUUUGUAGAGCCAGUGCUCAGGAGCAAGAAAAGUUGGAGGGCAGUGGAGGGAAAAUUUCUGCUGUUGCAGACCCUGUGUUUUGUGUUCAGUGGACAAAUUCAAUUCUUUGUUACCUUUCACCAGCACUGUAUUUACUGGAAGAAAUGGUAUCUCUCUGCAUAUUUAAUAUACCGUUUCUUACAAAAGAAACCCUUCUCUCAUGAUUUUUUUGGUGAUGAUUUGAAGUGCUGAUGCAGUUGAAAAUGUGGCUUUUGUUAGUCACUCAAACUUUCUCAGUAUUAAUGAGAAAGGUCAUACUUCAGGUGUAUAUAGUUAUCUAAAUAAGGUUCUGAUGCCAUCAGACAAAUUAGUUCUUAAGAAAUCUCUCUGUUGAAUGUAACCUGAAGAUUCUGAGCAUGCGUGGCCACCAUUCACAGUGGCUGUCAUUUCUAUUUGUUUCAGUCUGGAACAAACCAACAGGUGGUUUGCUUCUAAGUGUGUGUAAAUAUAAAUUGAGUGUAGCAGUGCUUUGAUUUUUUUCACUGUGAAACAUAUUUUGAAGCUCUAAAGGCUAUGUUAUUAAAAACAGUACAUAAUUAAAAGAAACACAGAUGUG